AUGGCAAAACUGACUGAUGAUGCCGACCACGAAGCCCGCGAAACGUUUGUGAAUGUACCGAGUCCACUGUCAGAUGCUGGGAAUCAUGACAACUACCAUGGCGGACGACUUCGGACAACCUCUUCCCAGCCGCCUCAACCCGUGCCUCCUCCGCAUCAGUUGCCGACGCCGACGCCGCUGCCGCCGCCACCGUCACCACCGACUCCAGCGCCGUUUCGACCUCGGAUCGACCUGUUUCCCAACGAGGUCACCGUUCGACCGAUGCAGUACGUACGAAUGGAGUGUCGAGUUAGGAAUGGCUACCAUCCGGGCACCGCGAUGGCCCGACCUGAGAUACAGCUGGCGAACGGAGCUCGAAUGGACACUGAUCCUCGUUUCCGUGUGACGCGACCAAGUCCGGAUCUUCUGGUUGUCGAGAUACCGCUUGGCCUCACUGAAAAGGACUCUGUACUCUACAUAAAGUUAGCGAAAUGUGAUUAG